AUAAAUAAUAAGUCAAUGUUUGAGGAUUAAAUUGCAUUAGUAAUUAAUUCAAAUAACUAAAACUAAGGAAAUUUAUAUGUUGGAGGAUAUGAUUCUUUAGAAUAAUUAGGUGAAAAAAGAAUUGGUGCUGUUUUAUCGGCAGUUUGGAUAGGAGAUUUUAAACCUGAUGCUAAUUUAAAGCAUCUUAUAAUAGAAGCGGAUGACUGUUCAUCUUAUGAUAUGAGUUAACAUUUUGAGAAAGCAAUAAAUUUUAUUAAUGAAAACCUUUAAACAACAAAUGUUUUAGUUCAUUGUGCAGCAGGAAUAUCAAGAUCAGUUUGCUUGAUAAUAGCUUAUAUGAUUAAAUAACACGGAAUGAAGCCAUAGGAAGCAUUAAUAUAAAUCAGGAAAACAAGACCUUGGGCAGGACCUAAUUAAGGAUUUUAGGAAUAAUUGGAAAAAUAUUAUGCUGAAUUAGUUGAAAAAAAAUAAUGA